UUUUUCAUUGAUAGAUAUAAAUAAUUUUAUCAAUAAUAUAUAAUAUAUGUUUCUUCUGGCAAUUUUCUUUAUUAAUAUUCACUUAUGUCCAAAAAAUAUAGUCUAUAUAGCUGCUAAAGACUAGCAUUGUUCAGUAGAAAAACAGGGGGUUUUUCAACACACACAUCGAAACGUUACUAGCCACCAUCGAUGUUUCUAAUGUCACCCUGCAUCCCAUCAGUUUUUCGACUAUCCCCAUUUGAUGUCACCCUCCACCGGGGGGGGAUUUUCUCCGUUUUCUUCCCAUCAGAACAGACCCACCCAAAUGCUUGCUACCACAACUCCACCUCCACGGCCACUUUCACCCUCGGAGCCAUCCUCCGUCAUCGUCUUCCCCCCUCCACCUCCUCUCGAACAGAACCUCCCCUUAUCUGUGUGAACGCUCGUUCUUGGCUCGAUGUAAACAGAGUGUCGCCGCGGACAGUGACGUAAAGGUAGGGAGAGUGCUAUAGUAACACGGCUGGAACAUGGACUGCGCACUGCUGCUUCAAUAGAGACAAAAGAAGAAGAAGAAGAAGAAGCAUAGACGGGACAAACGCAGAAAAAUAAGGAGGUUGACAAACCGGGGAAGAUAGAGGAGAAGGGCAGAAACAAAAAAAGAAAAGAGAAAAAAAAAACACCCACAAGGAAUCUCCCUGCUCAAUGCGAAAAGCAUCUCGUCACCCCCCGCUAACGAGUUCUAUGGCCAACUCUGGCUGCCUGCUGCUCUCCGGCUCCAGGAUGCUCCCGCACUCGCUACAAUGUCCACCUGCCUUCCUUUACCUGCAAGAGGAUAAUCAAGAACCCGCCAACUCCCAAGAAGUGAUGACCCAGUCAUACCCAUCAGCCCAGUAUCUACCUUCACAUCUUCAAAAUAACAUGACCCCUGAAUUUGCCUCCCAGGAACACACGCUUUCAACCCAGGGCUAUACUGGACAGAGCCAAGCACCUGAGCACAACAUGACCUCUUACACGCCCACGCUCAUGCACAGCGACUCGGCCAGCACCACCUGCAGCACACCAGCAAUCAGUGCCAGCGCUACCAUCGUAUUGACAGAUGACGUAACACAAACAGAGGGGUCUCGAGAUCUCCUGCUCCAGCACUCGGACUCUUCAGAGAAGCAGCAACCCAAAAGAUUACACGUCUCCAACAUUCCCUUCCGCUUUCGGGAUCCAGACCUGAGGCAAAUGUUUGGGCAAUUCGGAAAGAUUUUAGACGUUGAGAUUAUCUUUAAUGAGCGAGGGUCCAAGGGCUUUGGGUUUGUAACUUUUGAAACAAGCACAGAUGCUGAUCAUGCACGAGAGAAAUUAAAUGGUACAAUCGUGGAGGGACGCAAAAUAGAGGUGAACAAUGCAACAGCACGAGUGAUGACGAACAAAAAAAUGGCCAGUGCUUACACAAACGGCUGGAAGCUGAACCCAGUGCUAGGAGCUGUCUAUGGCCCUGAACUCUAUGCCGUAACAGGGUUUGCCUAUCCUGCCACAGGAGCAGAAAUGGCUUUCAGGGGAGCGCACUUACAAGGUCGUGGGCGAUCUGGGUACAAUUCAUUCCGUAUGACUGCAACGCCACCUUUCCCAGCAUAUGGAGGGGUAGCUUAUCAAGAUGGCUUCUAUGGUACCGAAAUCUACGGUGGAUAUGCAGCUUACAGAUUUGCCCAACCUACUACUCCUGGUUACAGUGAUUGCUACGGCAGACUCUAUGCAACAGCGGACCCCUAUCACCACUCAACAUAUAGUGUUGGGACAAUGUAAAUACAAACAACAUGGAGGAACAGUGCUAACAUUAUGAUGGUUGGAGAUUGACUACAGACAGAAGAUCUAGCUUCAAGGGAAAAGCCAGAAAAGGAUGUGAAUGCGGUGUUCUGUAAAGGAAAGGUGAGGGGCGAGUUGGGAGACGCAGCAAGAGGAGCCGACCAUGGCAGGAAGCGCGAAAACCAGCCAAGAGCAUUUUUUAAAUAGGCCAGGUAUAAAAAUAAUGAAAUAACAAAGCAGGGACUGAAGCAUACAUUUACGUUGUUCUACUGUACUUCCUGUGGGUGAAGUCGAUGAUGGCUGGUAUUUUCCUCCUGCUUCUUUUAUUUUUCUGCUUUUUUUUUUAUUCUCUCCACCCACCUUGGAAGAAAAACUUUUUCUACCUCUUUUCUGGCCUUCUAAAGUGACUUUGAGUGUCCUCCCUCUUCCUAUAUGCUACAGUAAUAUUAUGUAACUUCCUCUAACCCAGUGGUUCUCAAACUGCAGUGGUACGUGAGCGCUCUCUUGUGGUACGUGAGGGAAAAAUUCAUAUUUUUACAUUUCCAUUUUCAAUUGAAUAAAUCUAAAACACACCAUGCACAAGUAAUAAACAACAUUUUAGGGAAAAAAAUGUGUAG